CAAAUGCUGAGAAGUCAGCAGCAUUUCUUGUUCCCAGAUUACCCUUCUGGGCACUCUCUGGCUGCCAGAUUACCGAGGUCAUCAUUGCUUGAUUCGAUUUCUCAGCUCCCGGCAUCAGCUCACCCUCCCAAGCUGGGUUGCCUCGGUCCUGUAAUGGCUCCCUGUGUCGGCUGCUUCCUGUUGGCGGCGCUGAUUUCUGCCAGCUGUAAAGCCAUCACCUCCUCAGAUCCAGUGUGCACUGAGAAAGAAGCCAACAGAAGAUAUAACUGUGAAAAUUUAGGUCUCAGAGAAAUUCCUGAUACUCUGCCAAACACAACAGAAUUUUUGGAAUUCGACUUUAACUUCUUGCCUACAAUUCAAAACACAACCUUCAGCAGGCUCAUAAAUCUUAUCUUUUUGGAUUUGACCAGGUGCCAGAUUAACUGGGUACAUGAAGACACUUUUCAAAACCAUCAUCAACUGAGCACCAUUGUGUUAACUGGAAAUCCCCUGAUAUUCAUGGCAGAAACAUCACUUACCGGGCCCAAGUUGCUGAAGCAUCUUUUCUUAACCCAAACAGGAAUAUCCAAUCUCGAGUUUAUCCCAGUACACAACCUGGAAAACUUGGAAAGUUUGCAUCUUGGAAGCAACCAUAUUUCCUCCAUUAAUCUCCCAGAAAACUUCCCAAUACAGAAUCUGAAAGUCCUGGAUUUUCAGAAUAAUGCUAUACACUACAUCUCUGGUAAAGACGUAAAUGCUCUGGAACAGGCCACCAAUCUAAGCCUUAACUUCAAUGGCAAUGACAUUAAAGACAUUGAGCCUGGGGCUUUCAAUUCAAAAAUCUUUCGAAGUUUGAAAUUUGGAGGGUCUCUCAAUUUAGCUGUUAUACUGAAAGGUCUACAGAACUCUACUAUUCAGUCUCUUUGGCUGGGGACAUUUGAGGACACUGUUGACCAAGAUCUCACUCCAGCCACAUUUGAGGGACUUUGUAACAUGUCUGUUGAGAGCAUCAACCUACAAAAACACCAUUUCCACGGCUUCUCACCUUCUACAUUUCGGUGCUUCACUCAACUCCAGGAGUUGGAUCUGACGGCAACUCACUUGAACGGAUUACCCCCUGGGAUUGAGGGUAUGAACUCUCUCAAGAAACUAGUUCUCAAUGCAAAUAGUUUUGACCAAUUGUGUCAAAUCAAUGCUGCCAGUUUCCCAUCCCUUACAGACCUCUCUAUCAAAGGUAACAUGAAGAAACUUGACCUUGGUGCCAGGUGUUUGGAAAAACUAGGAAAUCUUCAGAAACUUGAUUUAAGUCACAGUGAUAUUGAGGCUGCUGACUGUUGCAAUCUGCAAUUCAAAAACCUACACCACUUGCAAUACUUAAACAUGAGCUACAAUCAGCCCCUUGGACUGGAGGAUCAGGCAUUCAAAGAAUGUCCUCGGCUAGAACUCCUGGAUUUCGCAUUUACCCACCUGCACGUUAAGGCUUCACAAAGUCCUUUCCAAAACCUCCAUGUCCUGCGGGUUCUGAAUCUCUCUCACUGCCUUCUUGAUGCCAGCAAUCAGCACCUUCUAGCAGGCCUGCUGGGUCUCCAGCAUCUGAAUUUACAAGGCAAUCGCUUUCAAGAUGGGCACCUAUCAAGGACCAACCUACUUCAGACAGCGAGCAGCUUGGAGGUUCUGAUUUUAUCCUCUUGUGAUCUACUCUCCAUAGACCAGCAAGCAUUCCACAGCCUUGGGAACAUGAGCCACUUAGACUUAAGCCACAACAGCCUGACAGGCGAUAGCAUGGAUGCUCUUAGCCCUCUUAAGGGGACCUACCUUAAUCUGGCCGCCAAUAACAUUCGCAUCAUCCCAUAUCAUCUCCUCCCCACCUUGUCUCAGCAGAACACCAUUAAUUUAAGUCACAAUCCCCUGGAUUGCACUUGCUCAAAUAUUAAUUUCAUAACAUGGUAUAAAGAAAAUCUGCAUAAACUUGAGGGUUCAGAGGAGACAGUAUGUGCAAACCCCCAAGGUUUAAGGGGAGUUAAACUGGCCGAUGUCAGCCUCUCUUGUGGGAUCACGGAUGUGGGCAUUUUCUUUCUUGUAGUAUUUGUACUCUUGUUCAUUGUUCUGCUCAGGUUUUUGGUUAAAUUUCUUCUGAGGUGGAAAUAUCAGCACAUUUAGUGCUGAAGGUUUCUAGAGACAGAAAAUAAAUAUGU